GGCCCACCUCUAUUCUUUUACCCGUUCCUCUCUCUCUCGUCUCUCUCCUCUCGGUCUUCCUUUCCCGGCUGCGACGAUUGGGCGAGCGGCGGCGCGAUUCGCCAAGGUGUUCCUCGCCGGGCCCUUUGCCGGUGACGAGUACCCACCAGGGGUACUUGUGCCUACCCUUUCUGAAUGGCGGACCUAACCGACAUAGGCUGCUGUAGUUGCUUUAGCUUUUUAAGGAAGCCCAGAGCGUCUGUUCCUCAACCUCGGGAUGCUGAUGGCACAUUUUCUGAAGAAUUGCUGAAACGUCAAUCGGCUGAAGAUCCUGAUGAAAGCUUCUAUACUGGAGAUGAUCCUGAUCUAAGCUUAUACAACGGGGAUAAUCUUGAUGGAAGCUUCUUCAAUGGAGAUGAUCCUGAUAGAUGCUUGUAUGAUGAAGACGGUAAUGACUAUCUUGAUGGAAGUGACGAUGGACCUCCAAGGAAGAGUUCUGAAGAUAUCAUACAGUCAAGAGCUCAAAAUGGCUUUGCAUGUAGAGAGAUCCCAGUUAAGGAGACAAAUAAAGUAUUUCGUUCAGAGGAUGAAAAUGGUAAUAAGAUGGUUAAUCAAUAUGUUCACUUGGGAAAGAUUGGUUCUGGAAGCUAUGGCAAAGUGGUUCUAUACAGAAACGUGGAAGAUGGAAAACUAUAUGCAGUGAAGGUUUUGAAUAAGCCUUACAUGAUGAAAGUACGUGUUGUACGAUCAGAAACUGCAAUGACAGAUGUUCUUCGGGAGGUAUCCAUAAUGAAAAUGUUGAAUCAUCCCAAUAUUGUAAAUCUUGUUGAAGUGAUUAAUGACCCAAACAUAGAUAAAUUCUACAUGGUUCUUGAGUAUGUUGAAGGAAAAAUGGUUUGUGAUAAUGGUUUAGAAGAAGCUACUGCAAGAAAUUAUUUGCGAGACAUAAUAUAUGGUCUUAUGUAUCUUCACUCUCAUAACGUUAUUCAUGGUGAUAUCAAACCAGACAAUCUCUUGGUUACAAGUUCUGGCAAUGUGAAGAUAGGAGAUUUCAGUGUUAGCCAGGUUUUUGAGGAUGACGAUGAUAUGCUUUGGAGAUCUCCCGGUACACCUGUUUUCACCGCUCCGGAGUGCUGUCAAGGUUCAGCCUACCAUGGCAGGGCAUCCGAUACGUGGGCAGUCGGCGUAACUUUAUAUUGCAUGAUGUCUGGGCACUAUCCAUUUCUUGGAGAUACAUUGCAGGAAACUUACGAUAAGAUUGCCAAUGAUCCUGUGCAAAUACCUGGCGACAUGAACCCCCAACUUGCUGAUUUGAUCCAAAGGCUUCUCUGCAAAGAUCCCGGGGAUCGUAUCACCUUGCAGGCUGCGGCGGAGCAUCCUUGGGUUGUUGGGGACAAGGGCCCAAUGCCUGAAUACAUCUGCAGGUGUGGCUUUGGCCGCAGAGAGAGGAAUGAUUUUCGGGAAUAACUACAAGAACAAGGCAUCACCGGAUGGUCUAGUGUAGAUAACUGAUGAAGUGUGGCAAAGUAAAACUAGUGAGAUGACUGACGAUGCGUUUCUCUGUUUAUGUGUGCUUCCUUCUUCUGACUGAGCUGUCAGGCGCUCGGCUGAAUAUCUUUCUUUAUUUUAUGGUACAUGGUAGAGUGCAACCCUGCACGAGUAAAAUCGCCACCUGUUGUCAAAGUUUUUUUUUGCGCUGUAGCUAUAGGAUAGACAUUGUCACAAGCAAGAUCGUGGUCUGCCACUGAGAUUGAAAAUGAUAUAGUAUCAAAGAGUUUCUUCCUGAACGUUGUGCUUA